ACACUAUCACUAAUCCCCCCCAUCCUCAGUAAACAUAGCACUGUAUAAAGCCGACGCUAGAGUCCGUCCUUCGCCAAGACUCCCCUCCGCCGCUGUAUCACCACACCGCCGCAAUGCGUUCGCUCAGUGUAGUCUUAUCGCUUCUACUUGUAGCAGCUGUCAAAAGCCAAGAGAAUUGGAAUUACACACGCAAAGGAGAUGAUUGGGAAGGAGUUUGUCAAACUGGAAUUAGGCAAUCGCCAAUCAACAUCCUAAGCAGAUGGACUAUCCCCAGGUUCGCAGGGCUACCCUUGAGACUCAGCAACUACGACCAAGAAGUACCAGUUACAGUGACCGUUGAUCAACACCACUUCACAAUAAGGAUUGAUCCAGAUCCAAGUGUCAGAAUCGCUAUUUCUGGAGGAGGCCUUCGUGGUAAUUAUGUCCUGCAAUCAGCCCACUUUCAUUAUGGAUCUGAACAUCUCAUUGAUACUAAGAGAUACGCCUUAGAAGCUCACUUGGUCCAUUAUAGAGAAAUCUAUGGCAACCGCACAGAUGCUGCAACAAAUGAUCCUGAAGGAAUCGCUGUUCUUGGAACUUUAUACUGUGAAGCUACUGCAAACUCUAACUUAGAACAGGUAUUACAAGGAGCUAAUGGGGAACAAGUUAAGCUUAGGUUCAGAGACUUCUUACCUCGUAACUUGGACUUCUAUCGUUAUCAAGGCUCCUUGACAACACCACCAUGUUCUGAAGCUGUAGUUUGGACUGUUUUUAAAAAUAGUUUGCCAAUCUCUCAACAACAAGUUGAUGCAAUAAAGGGUAACUUCCCUGACGAUGUCACAAGCACCUACAGGAAUGUACAGCGAUUAAAUACACGUAGAGUUGAGAGAUGGGGCUUCAGGAGUGGAUUUCAGAGCAAAGUUGAUUUUCUUAAGAGUUCAUUGAAUAUAUUAGGUUAGAUGCACAAUGUAUAUGAAACUUUUAAAUGAAUAAAGUUUAAAAAAACAAAAACAA